GGCUAAUUCUUCAGAGCCCGGAUAAUUCACUCACACCGGAACAGUCCAUCUUUUUCUUCGAUUAGCCCAUACGUCAUUGAACUUCUGACAAACUGUUAUGGAUUUCAGUCAGCUGAUGAAAGUAGCAGCACAGAAUAAUCUUCAGAUACAGCGAAAGUUGGACGAGCGGAAACGAAGGAAGGCUGAGUCAGAAGCAGCUGAAAAGAAGAGCAAUAGUCUUAUUAUUUCGUCAGAUGCAGUAACAGCUCACUUGCCGAAGAAACCACAUCUACCUCCAGUUGUACACGUACGUUCAGUUAAGAAAAGAGGAGGCGGAAGAAAGGUCGAUGAUUUAGAACUAGAUGACGGAAAAAGGUCUACUGGCCAUGGUGUGUCCUCGAAGAAGCAAAAAACCGUAGACAUAAGAAAGAAGGACACUUGGCCUUCAGGGGAGGUGGGAAAGAAGGAGUAUGGAUCUAGAAAGAGAGAAGCUGUUGAAAAGACAACCAAAGACAGGAAACCCAUGAAUUUCGUAGAGUUAAUGAGCUUGGCUAGAGAACAGAAGGAAGCAGAAAUGAAGGGGAAAGAAAAGGAAAGAGAAACAAAAUCUGCAAGAGAAGUAACUGGUAAGGCACAUGCACAAAAAGAAGUUUCAUUGAAUAGCAUUGGAAAGCCAAUUCGUGGAGACAAAACGACAGGAAAACAGACAAUUCAUGAAGGAAAAAGCAUCGGGACUAGAGUGAAAGAAAAAUGUGUUAAUGGAGCCCAACCAAUUAAGGCAGCAAGUAAAGCUCUCCCUAGAUGCACCAUGACCAGUACAACUAUUGAAAACUCUUCACAUCAAUUUCACAAGAGAAGACACGAUAAGAGGAAUAGAGAGAGCAGCAGUGAAGAAAUGAAAGUAAAGAGACUACAUGUGAAUCCUUAUCUUAGUAUCGAUGACUUUCCUAGAAAAACCACACAACAAACAAAAACUUCAAAGAAGAGACAUCAUCGUGUCUCUGAAGAGUUGGAUUUCAUAGAUGAUGACGAUUCAGAAGAUGUCGACGUUUCCUCACACAUCAGAGAAAUUUUUGGAUAUGACCGGCACAAAUAUGGAUUCGAAAAUCCAUCAACCGCAUGCAUGGAGACCAGCUAUCGUGACAUAAUGAAGGAAGAAAAGAUGAGUGCUAGGAUAGGGCAUCUGGAAGAUCUCGAAGAAGAGAGGAAAGAAAGGGAAAUGAUGGCCAAGCGAAAGAAGAAUGAUAAUACGCACCAGUCAUACAGAAACUAAGUCGAUUGUCUAGUUUUGUACUAGUCAUUUAUCAACAAAUAUUUAUAGAUCUUGUACUGUAGACAGUUUCCUCUCUUCGAAGAAUCUAUGUUUCUUUACUUUGUCUUUCUUACUGAAAAACUGGCUUAGCGUAACUGUACCUUUUGGUUGUUCAUCUUCAUCAUCAUCUUCCCUACAUUAAAAUAUCAAUUAUCAAACAGA